AUGUCGAGCAACAAAAGAAAUCGCUCAGUUCGAGUUGCCAACUGUUCUGGCUACCAUGGCGAUCCUGCGUACGAGAUGUACCGCCAGGCAACGCUGGGAGACGUCGAUUUUAUUACCGGUGAUUAUCUAGCAGAGGUCAAUCUCGCCAACAAUGCCGAUGCCUGGCGAGCCGGAACACAUCCCGGCUACGAGGAAACAGCCUGGGAGGGCAUCCAGCAGACCAUCGAUGUUAUUGCAGAAAAGGGAAUCAAAGUGGUCAUUAACGGAGGUGCUCUGGAUCCUAAGGCUCUUGCGUUGAAAGUUCAGGGGUUGGUAAACGAGAAAAAGCUCGGCCUCCGCGUUGCUUAUCUAUCUGGCGAUGACCUAUAUGACCGCGUCGGUCCAACCAUGCCCACGACUAAAGAGGAACUCCAACAUCUGGACUCAGACAACUCGUCUGCUGCUCCGGCAUCGCUAACGUAUGCCUUCCUGCGCGGUACAGCAGACGGUAAAGCUAUCCCUAUGGUUUCCGCCCAUGCGUACCUUGGAGCUCGCGGGAUAGUUCACGGCCUCCGAAAUGGCGCAGACAUCAUCCUCUGUGGCCGAGUGGCGGACGCCAGCCCGGUGAUUGCGGCCGCUUGGUUCUGGCACGACUGGGCGGAGGCCGACUACGACGAGUUGGCUGGUGCUUUAGUAGCAGGGCAUCUUAUUGAAUGUUCAGCCUAUGUGACUGGAGGGAACUUUUCAGGCUUUGAUAAGUACGAUCUUGACGACCUUGUCGCGCCGGGAUUUCCAAUCGCUGAAAUUGAGGCCGACGGGGCAUGCGUCAUCACGAAGCACUCGGGCACGAAGGGUAUGGUCACCGCUGAUACGGUGCGGUGUCAGUUUCUGUAUGAGUUACAGGGGACAGUAUACUUGAAUAGCGAUGUGAAUGCUUACAUCGGCAACAUAGCUGUUGAGGACGUGGGAAAGGAUCGUGUCCGCGUCUCCGGUAUUAAAGGCUCCCCGCCACCGCCAACAACUAAACUUGCUGUCUUCUAUCAGGGCGGAUAUGAGGCCGAGAUUCUCAUCAAUGCUACUGGCUACGCCACGUCCAAGAAAUGGGACCUGAUCGAGAAGCAGAUCAAUCAUUUCCUUCCGGACUCUACACGAAGGGAAAUUGAAACUCUUGAAUUCCAAAGAAUCGGCACUCCAUCUCCGAACCCAACCUCGCAAGCAUCUAGCACAACAUACCUCCGUAUCUUCAUUGCCUCGCGCUCCCCUCAGGCCGUAGGAUCUGUUGGGCUAGCGCUGAAGAAUAUCUCCUUGAAGCAUUUCUCCGGCUUCCACAGCACCCUCGACAUGCGCACCGCAAUCCCACGCCCAUUCCUAGCAUACUACCCAGCCCUAAUCGCCCAGUCGGACCUCAACGAGGAAAUCAACCUUCUCAACACCGACAGCACAAUCACCACCCUGAACACAGGCCAUCCAACCACCUACGCCCCCCUUCAACCCCGCGAGAGCUACGACCCCCCUGCCGCAGGGUCAGAGGGCCACCGCAACCCAAUACUACCAUCAUCAUCAAGUCCCACAAAGCGAGUCAAGCUUGGCGACAUCGCCCUCGCCCGGUCCGGCGACAAGGGCGGCAAUCUCAACAUCGGCUUCUUCAUUCCUGGACCCGAAAAAGAGAAAUACAACAAGAGAGAGUCCUGGCUCCGCCAAUACCUAACCAUGUCCCGCAUGCGCACCCUCCUCGGCUCAGACUGGCGCGACGAAUAUUUCAUCGAGCGCGUCGAGUUCCCACAGAUCGGCGCCGUGCAUUUCGUCGUCUACGGGAUUCUAGGACGCGGUGUUUCCAGCUCUUCGCGGCUAGAUGGGUUUGGGAAGGGCGUUGCGGAUUGGAUUCGUGAUGUGGACGUUGAUGUUCCCGUUGGGUUGUUGGGCUAG